AUGGUUUUCGUUCUGCUUGUCGCUCUCCAGCUGCCCCUCGCCAACUUCGCGUCGGCGGCCGAGGCCGCAGUCGCGAGCUGCUUCACGCCGAGGCUGGCGCAGACGCUCGUCGCUUGCAACCCGAGCGUCGUCGGCGGGUGGCGCAAGCAGAGCGUCGUUGUGCUGGAUGGUGUGCUCGGCCGGGAGGCGUGCGAGCGGCUGCGCUCUGAAGCCGAGGCGAUCCGGAGCCGAGGCCUGCUCGAGCGGGCCGAGUCGAGCGGCGACGUCAUGGCGACGCAGGUGACGCCGGACGACGACAGCAUGCGCCGCGCUGCCACGACGCUCACCGCGCUGCCGAGAGCGAUCGCCCGUGCGGUGGGCCGUCGCAUCAACGACGAGGUGAGGGGGCGCCAGGCGUCCGGCGAGGCCAUGAGCUGCCUCGUCGAGGAUGGCGCGCACACCAACAAGCUGGCGGUCGUCGAGACGGACGGAGGCGCCUACCUCAAGCACGUCGACAGCAUCCUCGCCGGCGGCAUGGACCCGCGGAAGCUCACGGCGAUCUACUAUUUGAACCCAAACUGGAGCGAGGCCCAGGGCGGACACCUCCGCGCCUGGGACGCAGUCGUCGUUGGCGGCGACGGCGGCGAAGCAGGCCCGCCGGCCGGCGGCGACGGUGCGGUGCGCGUCGCGCCUCGAGGAGACCGGCUGGUGCUCUUCUGGUCCGACGGCCUCGUCCACGACGUCGAGCCGCUGCGCAUUGCGAGCGAGGCCGACCACCGCUGGGCCCUCACCACCUGGCACCUCGCCGCCGACCCAGCCGCCGAUCGCUCGCUCGCGCAAGGACUGGACCCGUGGCUGGACGUGAGACACUUUGGAGCGCCGCUGACCAGCCUGACCGCGCCUGCCCGCCGCCUCGCAACCCGGAGCUUGGCCGACGCCUGUGGGAGGGCGCUGCAGGUGAUGACCAGGAGGUAA